AUGGGUCAAUUACCCAGAGAGCGAGUAAACCCGUCUCGUCCAUUUUUGAAUACCGGCGUCGAUUAUGCCGGACCCUUUGUGCUGAAGACAUGGCGAGGAAAGAACGCUCGCACUUACAAGGGUUAUAUUGCUCUCUUCACUUGUUUUUCUACUUCUGCCAUUCACCUUGAGAUGGUCACCGAUUACACGACUGAUGCCUUUAUGGCUGCAUAUAAAAGAUUUACCGGGCGCAGAGGAAUCUGUGCCACCCUUUGGAGCGACUGUGGCACCAACUUCAAGGGUGCGGACGUUGCAUUGAAGAAAUUGUUCUCAGAAGCGACAACCGAGGCAAGAUCUCUCGCCACUUUGUUAGCCAACGAUGGCACACAAUGGAAGUUCAACCCCCCUUCAGCGCCACACUUUGGUGGCAAAUGGGAAGCGGGAGUCAAAUUGGUAAAAUACCAUCUGCGCCGAGUAGUUGGAGAAACUUCGUUAACCUACGAGGAAAUGACUACAUUUCUAAUUCAGAUUGAAGCAAUCCUCAACUCGAGACCGUUGACUCCAUGCAGCGACGAUCCAGAUGAUCUAAAUGUAUUGACCCCUGGUCAUUUUUUAAUAGGUUGCGCACCUACCGUUUUGCCGGAGUCGUCCCUCGAGGACGUAAAAUUAACUCGUUUAUCUAGAUGGCAGCUGAUGCGGAAGAUGAUAGACAGCUUUUGGACUAAAUGGUCCAGAGAAUAUUUACAGAGAUAUCAUGCUAUAUCUAAGAGGCAAGAUAAUACGAGCACUAUCGUUGAGGGUACCGUAGUAUUAGUACUCGAUGAAAGAUACCCCCCCGCUAAGUGGCCAAUGGGAAGAGUUAUUGCGGUUCACCCAGGCGAUGAUGGGUUAGUUCGAGUUGCUACCGUAAAGACUCUAACGUCUACCUUAACGAGGCCUAUUGUCAAAUUGUAUCCACUUUCUGUCUCCAUGGAAAGGUCCUAA